CAACUUUAAGAGUGGAUUUGGAUGAGAUUAAGAUUUUACUCACAAUAAUGUGUUUUGGCAGGUUUGUCCUCGAGGAGAGCGGGCCAGCAUGCAGAAAGUGUGUGAGCGCUGCAUCGAGUCUCCGGAGAUCUAUGACUGGCUCUAUCUGGGAUUUAUGGCCAUGUUGCCUCUUGUGUUGCACUGGUUCUUUAUUGAAUGGUACUCUGGGAAGAAGAGUUCCAGUGCUUUACUACAACAUGUGACCGCCAUGUUGGAGUGCAGUAUGUCAGCUGUGGUCACUCUGCUGGUCACAGAGCCUGUGGGAAUGCUCACUAUCCGGUCUUGUCGAGUGCAAAUGCUUUCAGACUGGUACACGAUGCUGUACAACCCAAGUCCAGACUAUGUCAACACAUUACACUGCACUCAGGAAGCGGUGUACCCACUCUACACCAUCGUGCUGAUCUACUAUGCAUUUUGCCUGAUACUAAUGAUGCUGCUGCGUCCUCUGUUGGUGAAGAAGAUGGCGUGUGGUUUGGGCAAAUCCGACCGUUUUAAGAGCAUCUAUGCUGCUCUGUACUUCUUCCCGAUCCUCACUGUGCUGCAGGCUAUAGGAGGAGGACUGCUCUACUAUGCGUUCCCCUACAUCAUCCUGGUCCUGUCUCUGGUCACGUUGGCUGUUUACAUGUCUGCCUCUGAGAUACAGGUAAUUACAGUCACUGCGGUGUGGGCAUUUCUUAUUUCCCAGUUUAACUUUAAAAUUGUGAUCAAGAAGUUCUUCAAUUUGAUAUGA